AAGAGAAACAGAGCCGAGCUCCGUGGACCCCGUAACUCAUCCUCGAGCUCUCGAAGAUUCAUUCAUCAAUCGUCGCGAGUGAUCAUCGCGGUACGCGAAGGGGAGUCGAGGUCUGGUCCUCGUCAUACGUUGUAUAUCGAAUACCAUCGCAAUAACACCUUCAUUGCCGUGACCACUGUGACCAAGGUCGUCAUGGAAGAGGAGAAUUGGGAUUAUGUCAAUGAAAAGUGGGAGCACAUCGAUCCAGCUAUCAGGGAGGCCUGCAAGGAUCUGGUGCUUUCCGAUGAUCAACUUAAGCUAGUCAUGCAAAGGCUCACUGAAGAAAUCAACAAAGGUUUAUCAAAGGCGACACACGACGAAGCGGUUGUUAAAUGCUUCACCACUUACGUUCAAGAUCUUCCGAACGGCACCGAGAAGGGAAAGUUUUUGGCGCUUGAUUUGGGUGGAACGAAUUUCCGUGUUUUGCUGAUCACCCUGGAUGGUAACAACUUUGAUAUGAAGAGCAAAAUCUACGCGAUACCACAGAGUCUGAUGCUGGGCACCGGGAAGCAACUCUUCGAUCACAUCGCUCAGUGCCUCGCACUUUUCAUCACCGACCUCGGCCUAGACGACGUUAUUCUUCCCUUGGGAUUCACCUUCAGCUUUCCCUUGACCCAGCUCGGACUAACCAAAGGAAAGCUGGUCCGAUGGACCAAGGGAUUCAACUGCAGCGGUGUCGUCGGCGAGGACGUCGUCGCACUGCUCGAGGAGGCAAUCGCUAGGCGAAACGACGUGAAAAUUGAUGUAUGUGCCAUCCUGAAUGACACAACCGGCACCCUCAUGUCCUGCGCGUGGAAAAACCGCAACUGUCGUAUUGGUCUCAUAGUUGGCACCGGUUCGAACGCUUGUUACGUAGAGAAGACCAGCAAUGUCCAGUGUGUGAAUCACGCAAGCGGUAACUACGACAAACCGAACAUGCUGAUAAACACCGAAUGGGGUGCGUUCGGCGAGGAAGGUGUCCUUGACUUCAUACUAACUGAAUACGACCACGACAUCGAUGACAAUUCGAUAAACCCGAGGAGACAGAUAUUCGAGAAAAUGAUAUCGGGAAUGUACAUGGGCGAGUUGACUCGCCUCGUCCUCGAAAAACUAGCAACGAACGGUCUCUUAUUCGGUGGAAAAUGUCCAAAUGGCCUACGACAAAGGGGGAAAUUCUUCACGAAAUACGUAUCCGAGAUCGAAAGUGACCCGAAGGGCAAAUACGGUAAUUGCCGGCAAGUUUUGGCCGAGUUGGGAAUCCGAAAUGCCGUGGAUCAGGACUGCGAGAACGUGAGAUACGUUUGUUCAGUCGUUUCGCGGAGAGCAGCUCACCUUUCCAGUGCCGGAAUCGCAACUCUCCUCAACAAAAUGGGAGAAGACAACGUUACAGUCGGUAUUGACGGAUCUGUCUACAGGUUCCAUCCUCAUUUCCAUGAUUUAAUGACAGAGAAAAUUGGCCAACUUCAGAGUCAUAAGUUUGACCUGAUGUUGUCGGAAGACGGUAGUGGACGUGGAGCAGCGCUGGUCGCCGCCGUAGCUUCUCGAGACCGGUGAAGACGCACCUGAUCAUCGAUUAAUGAGAAUUUUUUACUUAAUUCAAUUCAACGUGAAGAUCAGCACAUUCAUGUACAUACAUAUAGCAAACAAGCGUUUAGCUUGAAAUUAGAGCGAUGUCAGCUUGACCCGUGCGUGCGUGCGUGUGCGCGUGAUUCAAUCUGAUUAUUACAUGUAUAAUAUACCUAGUAUGUACAAUAGCUGAUUAAUUCGGUUCCUAAACACAUGACCUUGGCGUGGGUUGUAAUCAUCAUUCAUUUAUUCGUAGGAUAAUAAUAGUGGUUCACUUCGAUUUUUCGUACAGCGUUCGUAAUAAACAAGGUGCGACGAAGAUGUCGAACGUUGACCGUUAUGAGGAACCACUGUAGGCGACUACAUAAUUUGAAAAUUUUUUAUUAGGCUAACAUUCUUGAAAUCAUUAACAGAAUAUUUAAUUAUAUUUUUAGAGAAAUAAUAGAAAAAGACGAAUUGCUAAUAACGAAAGUUAUGAUACUAUGUUCAUUGUAUAUUUCUGAGUUUUUGUUUUACUUUUUUCGUACAAACGAGCACGAUGUAUAAAUCAGCUACUUAUUCAAGUGAGGUACUUACAUUACAACAAUCUAUUAAGAGUUCGGUACACCUGAUAGGCAUGUGCUACUUAAUGCGGCAUAUUAUUGUUUACUUAAUGAUAAAUUUCUUAUAGGGAAAAUUGGUAGCAAAAA